CCCGCAACAAUUAUUCAUCCAGGCGAAUGCGACUUGGGACACGCAGCUGUGCCGAAUGCCGGAGGCGUAAAAUCCCAGCAACGAAUACCUCUCGUAUCUAACAAUGACAGCAGCCAUGAAGACCUGGAAGCCCUCCAGCAAAGGCUGCAUAGCCUAGAGAGCUUGAUCCUUCAGUUAUCAAGCAGUAAUAAUACCAAUCACGACAGGGCUGCUGUAAAUGACUAUAUGAAUCCAGAUAAAGCAGUGGGGAUUUUAUCACACAAGCACACUUCGGGAUCCAAGGUCACUCCCAUGUCCACCACCUACGACACCCCAUUUAGCUCUGAACAGAACUUCGACACGGCCCCAUUGAUUGAUUUAUUCAGUCGUACAUUAGAUGUUCGGUCAGAAGAUAGUACAAUCAAGUAUGACUUCGGACACACAUCACAGCCGCUGCCGGUCGACGAGUAUAUAUCGGCUUUGAGGGCCCUUGUGCCGCGAAUUGACGACUUAUUGCUCAUUCUAGAGUCAACUGCUCCAUACUGGUUCAUAUGGCCUACACAGCCACCGGGAUCCGGCGAAGAAAUAUUCGGCGAGAGGUAUGGGAGUGUUGUAAUGGUCAAAAACUUCAUCCUUGCCUCGUUUGAAUCGCAAGCUCCCCUCGCUGUCGCUAAGAGUAUCAUAUGGCUAGCACUAUGCGUACAGCAACUUCCAGCAGAUGCUAUCCAGCACCGGAAAACAUAUCUCCCCGCAUCACUCCAAACACUUUUCGAUGCGUACAUGGCUGGGGCAGAUGCAAUUUUGACUGGCCUGGGGGAGUCAAUACCAAGUGUUGAGCGCCUAGAAUGCUUGCUCCUAUUUUCAAAAUGUUGUGUUAACAUGGGAAAACCUCAGCGGGCCUGGUUGGCUGUGAGAAGCGGAAUCAACUGUGCUUUAAUAUUGAACCUGCAUCGUUCGACUCGUCACAGAACCUUGACUCAAAAUUCACUGUGGUCCCACGCAUGGCAAACAGAUCGCCAGCUUUCCUCGAUCCUAGGUGUACCUUAUUCCGUUAGCCAUCCUGCGCCAGCAAUCGGAUCAGACCAAUCACCUAUCUCAAUGUUAUUUUACUGUGUUAAUGAUAUGAUUGGUCGUGUUAGCGACCGUAAUCAAGGUCUACUGCAUAUUUCCAUCGAAUCCAUGGAGGCAGAACUUCAAAAAUAUAUCACCAUGCUUCCACAGGACUGGUGGCCAGUUAUGCCACCGGAAGACCUUUCAUUUGAGGCCUUGUAUGCUCGCCAAACCAGCAAAUUGUUUCUUUGGAGGUUAAAGGAGUUGUCGUAUUUCCCAGGCAUGUUGAAGGCUCUCGAAAACCCCCAAUCCUCUCAGGACAGCAGGGAAAGAGCUGUCGAGGCUUGUCGAAAUAUGAUAUCUGCGUACGAAGUCUUUCGCAAUAGCAGCAAAUCUGCCUUGGUCAUAUGCGACCUUAUGGAUUUCCUUGUCUUUAAUGCAGCGCUCGUGAUAACUAUCCACCUUCUUGCAUCUUCGUCCUCACUCAAUACUGCCAAGGAUGCCGAGGAUUGGGGUAUUAUCACACACUUGAUCCAAACCCUACAGCAAUUAUCAAGGGCCAUCGAAUGCAGCGUCGCCGAACAAUCGGCAACACUAUUACAGUACAUCUAUACAGCUCAUCACGGCAUAUACGAAGGUCCAGAAGAGUAUGCAGCUGUGAUCCCCUGGUUUGGCAAGGUCAAGAUUCGCUCAGUCCCUCGACAACAAGAAGCACCGUCAUUACCAACGCCUUCAUCAGAAAUCAGAGGCGAAAGCUUGUACAGUAUGAUUGAAUUUGGUAUUGAUUCUGUCCCUUCUGGGGUGGGCUCUUCGUUAGGUUCUGGAUCGGAUUCCUGGAUAAAUCAGUAUAAUGAUUAUGAACUUGGUAUUGAUUGGACAUCAACGGAAAAUGUCGAUUGGGAAUAUGACUGGAACCAGAUAUUUUAUAAUGGCAACCCUGGCACAAACAUCUGA